AUGUGCAUCGCCCUAAUCUCCACCGCCCACCCCGCAUAUGAACUUAUCAUAAUCGACAAUCGAGAUGAGUAUUUACACCGCCCUACAGCGCCCGCAAACUGGUGGCAAGCCCCCAACACUCAUGUCCUAGGAUCGCGAGAUCUCGCGCGUCCCGAACACGGCACAUGGAUGGGCGUCACAAAGCAGGGCAGGGUAGCUGUAUUAACAAACUAUCGCGAAUCAGCGCCUAUCGGAAAUAUAAGUCGUGGCGCGAUUGUGAAUGAAUUCCUCACUGAACCUCCUCCAUCGGCUGAAAGCGGGAAAGAGCAAAGAACGACACGCGCUUUCGUGCAAGAUAUGAUUAGUUCCCACAUGGCCACCAAGGCAGGCGGUUUCAGUCUCGUAUGUGGUCGUAUCGGAGAGCCGUUGGCAAUCAUAUCGAAUCGAAUGUCUGACAACAUUGAUUCUACGACAUGGAUUGCGUCUGGCCGCGGCGAAACUAUCGGAUUGAGUAAUACGUUCCUCAAGAACAGGACGUGGCCCAAGAUCAUCCAUGGGGAGAUUUUGAUGAGAAGUACUAUCGACGCGCACAUCGCCGCUUAUCCUCCAGACCACAAGGGGGCUGCUAGCAGAGCAGAGGAAGAGGAUUUGAUUAAGAGGCUGUUCCGCGUCCUUUCAACGGAUACGAUGCCGAGAUUGGCAGAUACCGAGCCUAUUAAAGAGCAGUAUAUGGAUCAGCUCAAGGAGUCGAUCUUCAUUCCGCUACUGGGUGAUCGCGCAAAGUUCGAGGCUGAAGCAGACCAAUUAGCAAAAAUGGGACUUGCGGGGUAUAAUUCUGGGCUGUAUGGGACGCAAAAACAGACCGUUUUGUUGGUUGAUCAUGCCGGGCGGGUGAAGUAUGUUGAGAGAUCGUUGUACGAUGAACAUGUUCAUCCUAUACCACUGGGGCAAGGGGAUAGAGUUUUUGAGUUUGUUAUUGAGGGGUGGAAAUCAAAGACCGAGACGUAG